UUGUUCAAAGGCAACAAGAAUAUCGACGAUGCAAAAAUUCACCAUUUUACUUUUGUGUUUCACAUUGACACUGUGCACAACAGCUAAAGAAUGGCAAAGAAACGAUACUCCAAAAGCUAACUCAAGGCGUGAGAAACGAGAAGAACCAUCCGCGGAAACUGAGAGUUCUGAAAAUGAUGACGUAAAAAACGAAGAAAGCAAAAAUGCUGAAGAUGAUGAGGAAAAAGAUAAGAAAAAGGAUGGACAAAUAGGAGAAGGAAAAGAGGAAGAGAAAUCCUGUGAAGAGUGCAUUAUUUACUAUCCAGUUCCGUUGGAAAUCGAGUAUAUGGAACCGGUAGUCUAUUUAGAAGAAUUUUAGAAUGUUAUUUAAAAAAUGUUACAGAUAUUUUGCUAUUGAAACGAUAAAUUAAAGUUUGUGUGUUACCAUUUGUUACAAUAAACAUUUUGAAUUUAC